AUGUCGCGUCGUCCAGCAAAGGGAGACUAUAUUGAGACCGAUACCGGCAACAAGGUCGCUCGCAAGGCCAUUUUAGUCGGCACGCAGAACAUUGUGCUUGGCGGCAAAACAGUUAUUCAACCCGAUGUCAUGAUCCGCGGCGAUCUAGUUCGAACGGCCCCCUCGUCCUCCAGCUCAUCAGCAGCCCCAGCUGCAAAUACAGCUGUCGCGAUUGGGCGAUACUGCUUCCUUUCGCGCGGUGUCCUCCUUCGACCCCCCGGCCGACAAUACAAAGGAUCGUUUACAUAUAUGCCAUUGCGGCUGGGAGACCAUGUCUUCAUUGGACAAAGCAGUGUAAUACAGGCCGCUAGCAUUGGAAACCACGUCCACAUAGGAGACAAUUGUUCCAUUGGCGAGUUCGCUAUUCUCAAGGACUACGUGAAGGUGCUCGACGGCACUGUAAUACCCCCUUUCUCGGUUAUACCAAGCUUUUCUAUCGUCGCUGGACAACCUGGCAGAGUUGUGGGAGAAAUCCCAGAGGGUGGUCAUGACGAAUUCGAGCUGAGAGACCUCUACAAGACGGUCGGGAACAACCCGCAGCCGGCAGUGGCAUGA